AUGGCAGACUUGCUGGGAACACAAUCCUGCCCAUAUUCGGGGUCUCUUUUCCAGGAGAAGGAAGAAGAGAUGGCCAAAUCCAUCCUUUUAGACCUUGGCCCCAUUGCUAGCCAGGACUGGAGAAGCACCACAAUGAGGCUGGACUUGGAGCAAGCAUGGGUGGGCUUCCUUUUGCUGCUGGCCUGCAGCUGGGUCACCCUCUGUGAAGAAAACAGUGAGACCGAUCGCCUGCGUUUUGACCUGAACAUUAUGCAAAUCGGUACCAGCACCAUUGUGAACAGCAACAUUUUGGAGAAACUGGCUGACUUUGCGGCAAAGAACCAAGUGGGUGCCAUAGUGAUCAAAGGCGUCAAAGGGCUGAAAUUGGAAGACAUCCGGCUUCCGAAUUUGACUGUGAGCUACCUGCCAAAUGAAGGGGCGACGUUGCCAAUAAUAUCAGAGAUUACAGAUAAAAGUAAAAGCAUUCUAGGUUAUGACGUGAAAAUCACUGCCAACGUUUCAUUGUUUUGCGACAUCAAACAGAACGCCGAGAAGGAGAUUGUGCUUGAACUAGAGAAAUGCAAGGUGUCGGUGAAAAGCUACAAAAGUAACUUGCCCAGCAGGCUACAAAGGCCAAAGGUGAUGGGUGCACCAGUCAAUCCACACCUUCAGCCCCACGUUUUGCUGUCCAUGUUCUGGAGAAUUGGGCUGAAGAACGCUAAAUCCAUCCUUUCAGAUCAUUCUCUGUUGGGCCCCAUUGCUUGCCUGGGCUGGAGAGGCACCACAAUGAGGCUGGACUUGGAGCAGGCAUGGAUAGGCUUCCUUCUGCUGCUGGCCUGCAGCUGGGUCAUCCUCUGUGAAAAAACCCAUGAGACUGUUUGUGUGAGGGUCAAUGUAAACACUGUACAAACUGGCGUCAACAAAGCCAUUAUGAACAGCAAUAUUUUGGAGGAAGUGGCUGAAUCUGCAGCAAAGAACCAAGGGGGUGCCAAAGUGAUCAAAGGCAUCAAAGGGCUGAAAGUGAAAGACAUCCGGCCUCCGGUUGUGUCUGUGGGCUACGUGCCAGAUGAAGGGACAGAGAUGUCGAUAGUAUCGCAGAUGACAGUUGGUGGGAAAAGCUUUAUAGGUGGCCCCAUGGAAAUCACAGUGAAGUCCAACAUGACAGUAUUUUGUAACAUCAAACGGAAUGACAAGGAGGUUGUGCUUGAGAUGGGGAACUGCAAGGUGGACCUGAUAAGCUGCAACACGAGCCUUCCUGCCAGCAUGCUUCCAAAGAUCGUGAAUAAGUUCCUGAAUUCUACGCUUACAAGAGUCUUGCCAGGCAUGAUGUGUCCAGCAGCAGAGAAAGUACUCGAAAUCAUGAGAGAACACCUAACGUCUUCCUUGCGAAAACACAAGAUUGGUGAUCAUGGAGACAUCGAAUAUAAGCUUAUUAGGAAUCCUGAAAUAUCACAGGACGGUGUAAUUCUAUGCUUUGAAACUUGCAUGCAUGACAAAAAUGGAGACAAGAUUGAAACGCUCCAUCGGACAGAAAUGCCCAAGGAAAUGCCACCGAAGAAGGAGGGCUUCAGCGACAUUUUAUUUUCUACAAGUUUCUUAGAUGACCUUAUGAAAAUGUUUCAGGAUGACUUCCGCUGUGAGGUCAAUAAGGCCAAGGUUCCUUCACUCACGAUUGGCAAGCUGGCAAAAAUGAUCCCAUCGAUCUCUAAAUCUCUGCCUGCAUCGAAGGCAGUGAAGGCAGAAAUAAGACUUAAAGAACCGGUCAAGCAUUCCUUGGGGCCUAAUGGAAGCUACAUGACGGUCCACUCUACCGUGAGCUUCAUCCCAGAGCCAAAGGGCAAAAGUCUCAUCUCCUUCGACAUGUUUCAACGAUGUGACCUUGAAUUUGCUGUGGAACAUGAAAAACUGAAACUGAAACUCAAAUCAGUCAGCACCAAGGAGAUCAAGAUCACCUCUAAAUCGCCUGGUAAAGUGGAGUUUGGUGAGGAACCAGAUCUCUUUGGCAAUGAAGGCUGA